AUGGUGGAUCUUCAACACUUUACAAAUGGGGAAGAAUACUACAAAAGAGUAGGCAAAGCCUGGAAACGUGGAUAUCUGCUGUACGGUCCUCCAGGGACAGGCAAAUCAAGCUUGAUAACAGCAAUGGCUAAUUACUUGAAAUAUGACAUCUAUGACUUGGAUCUCACCGACGUCCAUACUAACUCGGAUCUUCGAUUUUUGUUGCUCACCAUGCCAAGUCGAUCCAUACUCAUCAUCGAGGACAUUGACUGCUCGAUCAAGCUACAAAAUCGAGAAUCGGAGACAGAGUCCGAUGGAAAUCAAGGUGACAAUCAAGUGACACUGUCUAGACUCUUGAAUUGCAUUGAUGGACUUUGGUCAUGCUGCGGCGAAGAACGCAUCAUAAUCUUCACUACGAACCAUAAAGAACGGUUAGACCCGGCAUUGGUGCGACCGGGUCGGAUGGACAUGCAUAUUCACAUGUCGUACUGCAAUGUUUCCAUAUUCAAGCAACUUGCCUUCAACUAUUUCGGUAUCGGCAACGAUGGUGUUUUCGAGCAGAUUGAGAGGAUGUUAGAGGAGGUGAAUGUCAGCCCUGCGGAAGUAGCUGGGGAGUUGAUGAAGAAGAACUGGAAUAGAGAGGCUGCCUUUCAAGGCUUACUCCAAUUCCUACGUGAAAAAAGUAAUAAGAACAACAAAGAAAGACAUCUAAAAUGUGAGGAAGAGAUACUCAUCGUACCACCAUUUGCUGAGUCGCCGCAGUUUCCCUCCAGUCAGUCAAAUCGUGGGCGUUGGAGAACGGGGAGAAGAGGACGUGGUCGCCGCCGUGGUUGA